AUGUUUACUUCAGAAAAUUGGAGUAAAAGCAAAUUCGCGAAGGAACAGACCGGUAAGCAAGCACAGAAAAUUAUAUUGAUGCCUUCAUUUUGGAAUUCCAUCAUUUAUGCUAUGAAAGUUGGUGGUCCAUUAUUGGAGGUACUUCGGUUGGUGGAUGGGGAGAAGAAGCCUGCCAUGGGUUAUAUAUAUGAGGCAAUGGAUAGAGCUAAGGAGAAAAUAGCAAAAGCCUUUGGUAAUAAUGAGGAUAGGUACAAAGAUGUUUUUGAGAUAAUUGACCAUAGGUGGCAGUUGCAGCUCCAUCAAGAUUUGCAUGCAGCGGGUUAUUUCUUGAACCCCGAGUUCUUUUACUCAAAUUCUGAGAUAGAACAAGAUGAAGAAGUAGUUAUGGGGUUGUACAAUUCAAUCAGUAGGUUGACUGAUGAUCCCGAGUCAGAGGGAACAAUACAUACAGAGUUGUUAAAAUACAAACAAGCCGAAGGUCUUUUUGGAAAGCAAAUUGCAAUCCAAAUGAGAAAGGUUGUAUCAUCAGCUGCAUGGUGGAACUCGUAUGGAGCUUCGACACCAAAGUUGCAAAGACUUGCCCAGAAGAUACUCAGCCUCACUUGUAGCUCUUCUGGUUGUGAGCGUAAUUGGAGUGUGUUUGAACAUCUUCAUUCCAAGAAAAGGAAUAGAUUGGAGCAAAAACACCUGAAUGAUUUGGUGUUCAUUAAGUACAACAGAGCUCUGAGGCGUAGAUACGAUAGUCGUGAUACCAUCGAUCCUAUCAUAUUGAGUGAAGUAGAUGAUGGAAAUGAAUGGUUGGUAGGGAGACUGGAGGAUGAAGAGCUUGACUUUGUUCAUGAUGGAAGUUCGAAGGCGUCCACAUCUAAGUCUAGAGGGAAAAGGCCGAUAGGAACAUCUACUACACUUGAUCUUGUAGAUGAAGAGGAUGAAUUCGAUUUUGAUGAAGAAAGUGAAGAGGAGAAUGAUGUCGAGCGUUAUGCAAUUCCAAAUGAAGAAGAUGGUCUCGAUCUUGAUGAAGAAGUUGAAGAUGAAGAUGAAUUUUAG